AUGAAUAAAGAUUUGUUUAUAAAGAUAUUUAAAAAUAAAGUAUUAGCAAUCAAUAUAUGUAAAAAAGUGAAUGAAAUAAAUCGAUCAGAAUCUUUUUAUUCUUUUGGUUGGGAAGAACUUCAAAAGAGAUUUACUUUGUUGAUAAAGCUUAACUAUGUCGAUCAGUUUAGAUUAUAUCUUGAAAGAUAUCAACAGACAAGAGUAAAAGAGGUGGAUAGUUUUUCAAUCAUCUACUAUCAGUCGAUCAUGACAGCAAUCAGAUAUGCAAAAAUCGAUAUACUUAGAGUGAUAACCGAGCAUUUCAAUCUAAAGCUAAGCGAUUAUGUAAAGCCAACAAUCAUGAUGAGACAAGCAUCGUUAUCUGGAUCGUUGGAGAUGUUACAGUAUUUGGAUCUACAAACAACUGUGGUUACAACUCAGUGGCAAGUCAGUGAUUAUAUCGAAGCAUUCACCAUAUCACCAAUCAGCGAUAAUUCAGAUCUCCAAGUUGUCAAGUGGCUUUAUGAAAAGGUUAGAGCAGCUGAAGCAAUAAACAGUGUUGAAAAGGAAAUGUAUAUAAAAGGUGUAUAUGAAUCGACAGCAAAGAAAGGAAGGGUUGAUAUUUUCAAAUGGUUGAUGGAACAGCCAGAUUUAAAGAUAAACAACUAUCAGAGUUUAAUUCAAGUUGCAUGUAUAAAUGGAAAUAUUACCUUUCUCAACUAUUUGCUAGAUAAUCACUCGGAUCAAAUCGAAUUCAAUAGAAUAACAAUCGACCUCAAUGAAAUUGCCAAGAAUCUGAGUAAAAUAAUCGAUCCACUCGAGAUUGUCAAAUGGGUUCAUCAACACUUUAAGUAUUUCAUCAGUUCAACUGAUCUGAUGGACAGCGCAUUGAAAAUCGAUUGUCUGGAGUUAAUUAAAUGGUUGCGCGCGAAUAGAACCGAAGGUUUCUCUGAUUCUGGUAUGGAAGAUUUAUUUGAAUGUUCAUUGGAGACAUUGAACUGGAUUCAAAUGAAUGCAACUGAAAGGUUUUCAACGGAAAUGUUCCUUACGACUGAAACCAUUGAAAAUGCUGGUUUCGAUAGUUUAGAAAAACUACAGUGGCUACACGAGAAUUCAAAAAUUGCGUUCACUGAAAAUACAAUUGAAAAUGCAGUAUUCUCUGGCGAGUUUGAAUCGAUUAAAUAUCUACAUAGCGUCCAUCCAAAUCUAUUCACUCAGAGGGCAAUGAAUAAAGCAGUUCGAUCCAAUAACUUUGAAAUGGUGAAAUGGUUCCAUGAGAACAGAACUGAAGGAUUCACCUCGGAAGCGAUCGACCUGGCAUGUGAAAACAACAAUCUUGAAAUGGUCCGAUGGUUGAAUGAAAACAUUAAUGAAGGUGCUUCACUCCUAGCAGUCCUUCACUCUAUCACCAACAACAAUAUCGAGAUGUUUAAAUAUCUAAUGGAGAAUGUUUUCAGUGCGACGACCAUCAUUGAUGAUGAUAACCAUGGCGAUGCCGAUCUAGAUAAAGAUGAACGAUUUAUCUAUAAUAGUGAAACGAUAACAACAUGCAAAGAAAUGUCGCAAUGCUUCUAUAAACUACUAAAGAAACAUUAUUCACCAAACUAUAAAUUAGGAAUCCAUCAUGUUUCCUAUAUAAAGGAGCUCGCCACAAGGAAAAACUGUUUCGAUUUGAUUCGUGAUUUCUACGAGUUGGGUAACUUUUUUAAUGAAACUGUUGUUUACAACAACGAUAUGCCAAUAUUUUAUGCUUCGAUGUUCAACCGUUUGGAUAUUGUGAAAUAUUUCAUCAACGUUAGAAACGAUAAAUGGACUUCUUCACACUUUUCUUAUGCAUAUGGCAAUGGACACUUUGAAGUGUGUGACUUUUUUUUCGAAAACACAUUGACCUCAAGAAUUAAAACUAUAAUGGAUAAAAAUGACUGUGUGGAAUUCAUGGAAAAUUAUCAAUAUAUUGUAAAGUUAUAA